GUAGUAUCCCUCGCAUAGGCUGCCGGGAGUUGUAGUUUGCUGCAUUUCCCAGUGUUUCCCUGUCAUGGCUGCCUCCAGUUAGGGAGAAGGUGGACAGGUUGUGCUUUGCAAUCAGCGGAGCCCUGUGGGAGGUGUGCAGCUGGCAAGGUCCUGGUGACGUCACACCUUCUGAUGAGAUUCUGGUUAAGCUGAAGAUCUAAAACCUUGUGCGAGUUGGGGGUGUAAGAAGGACUUCAGAUCAUCUCAUACAAGUUCAGUCCAGGACUCCAAUUGGCUGAAGAUAUAUGAAAUAGUGAAAGACUUUUGUCUUCUGGUUUUGAGAUUCAGAAAUCCUGUAUAAUUAAAGCUGUGGACAGAAUAUAUCAGAAUUCUAUACAAGAUUGGCGUUUUAAGCUGGUAGCAGGAAGAUAUUUUGUGAUUUAGACAAGAUGCAAGAUCCCACACCUAGAACACGCCACCCAUUACAGUCUGAAGAAGUUGGAUUUGAUCCUCUACAGUGUGAUAUAGCCAGACAUGAUGGAGGAACAUCAGUUGAUGACAAGAGAAGUAACCCAGCCUCCGAUUCAGAACAAAUCUUUAUAUCAUACAGCAAAGAGUGGGAAGAACUUUUUGUAAACAGCAAUUAUUUGGCAACGAUACGUCUGAAAGGGAUUAAUGGGCAGCUGAGAAGCAGCAGGUUCCGGAGUGUUUGCUGGAAGCUGUUUCUAAAUGUUUUACCCCAAGACAGAAGCCAAUGGAUAACUAAAACGGAGGAGUUAAGAACAGGGUAUAAAAAGAUUAAGGAAAUACAUAUAACAAAUCCUCGAAAGGCUGCUGGCCAGCAGGACUUGAUGAUAAACAAUCCACUGUCUCAGGAUGAGGGGAGCCUCUGGAAUAAGUUUUUUCAAGAUAAAGAACUACGAGCAAUGGUGGAACAAGAUGUUAAAAGAACGUUUCCAGAAAUGCAGUUCUUUCAGCAGGAGAAUGUGCGAAGGAUCCUUACUGAUGUACUUUUCUGCUACGCCAGAGAAAAUGAAGAUUUGCUUUAUAAGCAGGGAAUGCAUGAAUUGUUGGCACCAUUAUUGUUCAUACUCCACUGUGAUCAUCAGGCAUUCAUGCACGCAAGUGAAGCUGCACAACCCAGUGAAGAAAUGAAGGUACUGUUGAAUCCUGAUUACCUGGAACAUGAUGCAUAUGCCUUGUUUUCAAACCUUAUGGGAAGCGCAGAGCCUUGGUUCUCCACAUACGAGCAGGAUUCUCGUAAGGAUAAAGACGCAAAGAUCUCAACUUUACCAUUUGCAAGACCUCAAGACAUUGGACCUUCUAUUGCUAUUGUGACAAAGGUCAACAAUAUUCAAGACUACCUGCUGAAGAAACAUGACAUAGAACUAUUUAUGCACCUCAACAGACUGGAAAUUGCCCCUCAAAUUUAUGGAUUACGAUGGCUACGGCUCUUGUUUGGUCGGGAGUUUACUCUGCAGGACCUGCUUGUUAUUUGGGAUGCUUUAUUUGCUGACAGCAUUACAUUAGAUUUGGUGGACUAUGUUUUUGUAGCCAUGCUGCUGUAUAUUAGGGAUGCAUUAAUCUCCAGCAACUAUCAGACGUGUCUGGGCCUUCUGAUGCAUUACCCACCCAUUGGUGACAUACAUUCCCUUAUUCUCAAGGCUCUGUUUCUGAGAGACCCAAAGAAAAAUCCCAAACCUAUAAGCUAUCAGUUCCAUCAAAAUUUAGACUUCUACCGGGCACGAGGAGUAGACUUGAUGAACAGAUCACGGGCUAAUGCCAAGGUGGCACCCAUAAAUAUAAAUAAAGUCUCUAGCAGUUUAAUGAAUCUUGGACGGAAACUAAUUAGCCCAGCAAUUCCAACUGGAGGAGCAAUGAGUCCAAUGACCUCACCACCAAAUACCAACAUAAACCAUAGUGUUGGGAAACCCAGUUUUUCGGAAGUUCUCCCAAGUCAACCUGUUUCUGAACCGACACCACAUCAUGCUCUACCACCACUGCAGAUGCCACAAAAUCAGCGCAUGAUGAAAUCGGAGAGCAUGCCUGUGCACCUUGGUAAAGGCCAGAGCUCCAAAAACGUCACUUCAUCUCCGAGCAUUGAGAAUUUGCCUGGAGGCCGUGACCACACAGACUCCCCUCCGCUGUCAGCCGGGAAGAAGGAUUCCUUUUUCAGCAACAUUUCCCGUUCUCGUUCUCACAGCAAAUCCCAAGGGAAAAGAGAAUCUGAAGAGGACCUUGAAGCUCAGAUUUCAUUUCUCCAAGGACAACUGAACGAUUUGGAUGCAAUGUGCAAAUACUGUGCAAAAAUUAUGAAUGUCCAUCUUGGUCAUAUCCAAGAUGCUAUAUUACAAGAGAAGCUGGAAAGAGAAGAUAAAAUCCAGGUGUCUCUAGCUGUACUAAAGCAGGUAAAGGACAUUUUAAAAGGAUCGCUAAGGUUCAACCAAAGCCUUCUUGAAGCUGAAGAGAAUGAGGAGAUAACCAUCAGAGAUGAUCACUAUUGCUCUAACCUGCAAAGAAAAGAUGAACGUGAUGGUCUUGCCAAGGAGAUGCAGGAAGCUCAAUGCCAUAAAAAGGUACACUUGCUUGAGGCAGAAGGUGACGAUUCUGGAAGUACAGAGAGCCGGCAAUCAGAUGAUUAUAUCCUGAUCUCCAAGGAGGGUGAAACCGGUAACUGCAAUGCAGGCUCAGAGUCCGCACAAAAGGAGCCAUUGCAGAAAAAUGGAGGUCCAUCAGACAAGAAACCAGCGGCUCCAUCCAAUCCACUAACCUUCCCGGACCCUCUAAUGGGUGGACACCUUUCCUCUGGCAAUCUAAGUUCCAGUCCAGAUGAUGACAGCAGCAACAACAGCAAGGAUUCCGACUUCACUAUUGUUAGCCCACUAGACAUUUAACGGUUCUGCUUGCUUUCUUUCUUUUUAUAAGAUACUUUGUAAUAUGUGGGAUGCCCUUCAUGUAUUAUAAUAUAUGUAGGGAGUAGUUUUGUUAUGUGUGAACAGGAAUAAUUGCCACAUCCUGUUCAUUUAUGCAAGCCGUUAUGCAGAGCACAAAUAAUAGACAUUACAGAGAAUACAGCCAUUGUCAUAAUUGCCUUACAUGUAUACUUAAUACUACUGUACUGUACUGUAUGCCUGCUGGUGUCUUUAGGGAUGGCCAGCUUCUUUUACUGAAAUAAGACUUGGUAGGGUCUGGCUGUUCAUCUGUGGCUCCUUCCACUGGCAGUGAUAGCUGGAGCUAAUUAUAAUUUAAGAUGCCAAACAAAAGAUUAAAGCGAUGCCCAUUGUUUAUCUAGGCAGUACCAUGUUGCUACCCCCACUUCUUUCAUAAUCAACAGUUGCAACCACAACCUACUGUUGUAACAGAUUGACAUCUGACCAGUUACACAAAUCAUUGACCACAUUUAUUUUUUAAAAUGAUUGUGCCACAAUAUCAGAUUUUAAAAGUAGGUGGUGCUGCAACUGAACUUUAGUAAAACUGCUUUCAGUGCUGUAGUAGAUCACUGGCAUCAAGAACCGAAAAGCUCUGUGCAAAUAUAAACAUUGAACAUUAGAAUUGCUAGAGAUGA